AUGAAGCCGGUCGUGUCCGCCUUGAACGCAUGGAGCUGCACGGUUCUCUCCGUCUUUGCGAUCGUCAUCCUCUCAGUUAUAGGGAGCCUGUUUGCGAGGGAUCACCACAUGAUGAUGGGAAUGGAAGAGGAUCCUGAAGACGGCGGGGCUGUCGCGGCCUCUAUAUUUAUUGCAGUGGCUGUAUAUGCUGGCUUCCUGGUAUUCUGCGGUUUUCAAGCUUGGCUGCAUGUUCGAGCCAGUCGGCGGGGCGCUAUAUCACUAUGA